AUACACGAAAAUUUACAGUGAAAUUAAUGUGGAGACUGGAGUUCAUAGUGCAAAUAGGAGUGUGUGUUUGGUGCCACCGUACAGAGCCACUCACCAGCAGCAGCAGUCACAGACUCACAAGUCACAACACCAGCGCUGCCAGACCUCCUGCAGCACUCACCAGCGGCACGGCAGGGGAGCUCACGUACUAUUUGCCAGCAUGUUUUCCCUCCUGAACAAGAGAGAAAAUGCCCACUCAGAGGGCAUCUGGGCCUGUGCUUGGGGCCACUUUGUUCCUCAGGAUAAAUCAAAGGAAAAGUCCUCAGAGGAAAAAGAUGAAAACAAAGAAAAUGAAGAUACUCAGAAUGAAGAGGACAAAAAUGUGCCUGAUAUAGAGCAGAAGUAUGUGGUGUCUGGCGGGUUGGAUGACCUGGUGAGGGUCUGGCGGUGGGGCGGCGAGGGUGACGAUGAGCUGGCACUGCUGCACACCCUGGAGGGACACUCGCUGGGUGUCAUCUCGGUGGACGUGAACCCGUCUGGCACCAUUGCAGCCUCCUCCUCCCUGGACUCCACCAUCCGCCUCUGGAACCUUCACACUGGAGAGCAGCUCCAGAGUAUUGACUGUGGGCCAGUGGAGGCGUGGUCUGUGGGGUUCAGUCCAGAGGGAAACCACCUUGCCUCAGGAAACUACGCAGGAAAGAUCAACAUUUACGCCACGGAGGGAGGCCACCACGUCACCACCUUGGACACCCGAGGCCGCUUCACCUACUCCAUUGCCUACAGUCGUGAUGGGAAGUACGUUGCCAGUGGUGCCAUCGACGGGUUCAUCAACGUGUUUGACGUGGAGAGUGGCAAGUUGGUGCAUACACUGGAGGGCCACGCCAUGACCAUCCGCUCCAUCACCUUCUCCCCAGAUUCACAGCUGCUGCUCACUGCGGCUGAUGACGGACACAUGAAGAUGUAUGAUGUGAAGAGCAGCAACCUGGCGUGUACCCUGUCAGGUCACGGCUCAUGGGUACUCAGUGUAGACUUUGCCCCGGACCAGCAGCACUUUGUCUCUUCCUCCUCAGACCACACUGUCAAGGUGUGGGACUUUGCACAACGGAACUGUGUCCACACCUUCAAGGAUCACCACGACCAGGUGUGGUGUGCCAGGUACAGCCAAGACAGCAGCAAGAUUGUGAGUGUGUCAGAAGACCGGAGUGUCAUUGUGUUCAACUCUCCUGUUUGAGGUGGCAGCAGCAGCAGCGGCAGCGGCAGCCCAGCGGGUGACGGGUAUGAGUGCAGAUCGGCUUCCUCCACCUGGUGUAUCUCACUAGUAUUUAUGAUGCCACUAUUGUCUAAAGUUUGCUUGAUUGAGUGUGUGUUGUGUGGCUGCUUAUGUGCCAAUGCUGACUGGACUGUCAGGAACAAUCAUGAACAAUUUAUAUUCAAGUGACAUUACCAUGUAGCCAAGCAGGGAUGACUGAUGACCAACAUGGUGCUUGGAGAGGAACAGUAGGUAGGAUGUUCUCUCUCUCUCUCUCUCUCUCUCUCUCUCUCUCUCUCUCUCUCUCUCUCUCUCUCUCUCUCUCUCUCUCUCUCUCUCUCUCUCUCUCUCUCUCUCUCUCUCUCUCAUUACCCACCAGAAAUGGGCAUCAUAGAGGCAGUCCCUUGCACUUGUUGCCUGGCCUUGCCUCAGGCCUGAGGUGGCCAGGACUGGUGAGUGUCUUGGCAGAUUUGAAGGUUAGUGGCUGAUCUUGUUUGACAUUAUCAAGAUGAGAUAUUUUUACAAUCCGAAGCCACAAAGUGACAGUCAUUGUGAGUCUGGACUGAAGAGCAUUGCAGGUGAGGGACUAUUGUAGCUCAUUAAAAAGAACUACUGGAUCAUAACAUGAUUAAUAUUAAUGUUACCUUGUAUACCAAAGCUUGAUGCCAGUAAAAGUUAAGGUCACCAUCAUCCUGUAUAGUCAUGUGUGACUCCCAAACCGGUGGUGAAUGUUACUUUGUGGCUUAAGCAGGAAAUGUGGACUUACAGACAUUAAAGUUUUAGAAGGUAUGUUGGGAUGUGUUCAGUGUGAGAUAAUCACCUUUCCUUACCUGAGGUGUGGUGGUGUCAUCUGUAUUGAUUAGGUGACAGAAUUUCCAUUUUUUAUUCUAAGACAGGUAAAAUUUUCUAAGAAAAUACAAUUUCUUAUCUCAUUUUAUUUUCUGUUAUGAUUUCCCAGAGAACCUGCAUGGUACUGCAAAGGUUACUUAAACAUUUCUUUAUAAAGAUUGACUGGUAGUAAGGCUAGGUUUUGAUCUUGAGACAAUUAAGUGCUUUUCAUACCUAACUUAAUGAUGCACAUUGGUGAUAGUACAGGAUACUCAUCACUGUUCAUUCUCUAUUCUGUUGAUCAAGAAACCAGAAAGUUGAUCCACCACUUACAUUUUCUUAAUUCAAUCCUUAACAAGAAUGCUUCAUAGGGACAAGUAAGGCUCUGUUCCCUCUGUGGCAGACUGACAGUGAUGAGUGUUUUACAUUUGGAAAUUCCCAAGUGCACAUAUUAGAAAACAAAUUUGUGAAGCUUUAUUUCAUAUUGGUUCAGCUGGUACAAUAGUUUUGCUGCAGUAGGUGGACGGUGUGCUGCUCUGCCCUGCCUAGCCUGGCAGGUGAAUGAGAACUUGGAUAUAGUAACAGGCUCUUAUCUUAAAAAUGUAUGCACACUAUGUACAGCUAUAUAGUCAUAUACAUAUAUUUAUAUAUGAAUAUCUACAUUUUAUGGCACAGCAAUGACUAAUGUAAUGAUUGAUGAUGUGAGAGGUGUUGAUGUGCCCCUGGAGUAGGGAAGAUAUGAGUGAAUUCAUUCUGUACUCACUGCUUACACCUGUGGUGGUGUCCAGGCACAAACAAGCCAAUGCUUUGUGUCACUAAGCACAUUACAUGGCAAACCAUUCACUGCUGUGGCCCAGCAAGGCUUAGAAAACUGUGGAGGUACAGUACCAUGGCAUGCCUCAUCUGGCACCUAAUUGGUACUCAAACUGAUAAGGUUUAAUUUUAAGAUUUUUUUAAAACUAUGCUCCACUAGUUGUAAUAUAAAUUAGUUUCUUUUGGAUUAUUUAAAGCUAUUAUAAUUUCUAUUAAGUAGGGAAGAAUACUUAACAUUCAUAAAUUAACUUCAUGCCAAUGAAACCCAGUGCAGUGUAUACAGAAAGGGAUGUGCUGGACCCUACCACAGCAGACUGAUGCUGGUUGGUGGAGCAAACAAGUUGUAAUAAGUUCUUGGAGAAGUAAUCUUUGUGCCCAGUCCCAUGGCCUUAUUAACAUUUGUAUAGUGUAUAGAAAGGAUGGGCAUUUCCUCUAAUACUGAGACUAUUAGAAUUAAUAAUAUAUGAUGAAGUGAUGACAAUAUUGUCAAUAUGAUGAUUAUGAAGAAUAUCAUCCUUUUAUGUGAUAUCACCUCCUUACCAACACAGGUUGCAAGUGUUAUUCUCUGUUGUGUGUAACUAAUUAUUGUUUAUGUGACAUGUCACAUGAAAUUAUAAAGUCCAAAGCACA